AUGUCAGGACAUCACCGCAUCACUCUCGCCGCCAAUCCUCCCUACUUCGAUGGCGACAAGUCCAAGUACCUGGGCUUUGUGGACGCGUGCACCACUUACAUCGGUGCCUAUCGGUCGGAGUUCUCGCUGGACGAGACAAAAAUCCUCUUCGUCCUGUCCUACCUCCGAAAUGAGAGCGGCACAAGCUGCGCCGCCUCAAGAUGGGCGAUGAACUGGAAGCAGCACAAUUUCGAGGGCUUCCAAGGACUAAAGGCGGGGGUCACCGCAACAAGCUUCUUGGAGGAGCUUCAGAGGGCCUUUGGGGAUUCUAACGCAGAGCAAGUCGCUGCCGCCCGACUCAUGGCCCUUCGCCAGGGCAGACGGUCCUUUGCGGACUACAUCUCCGACUUCGAAAUGCUGGCUGCAGACGCGGGGUACAACGUGGUCACCUCCACCGACAGCAAGGGCGAGUACAAGAAGGGGGAACAAGACAACAUCCUCAUCGAGUUCCUGGAGCGCGGACUCAGCAGCGAAAUUGCAAGCCGCCUCUACAACACCAGCGUUCCCCUGCCCAAGGCAUAUGGUGCCUUCAAGAACUGGUGUGUCAACAUCGAGGCCAAUGCCUUGCGCGAUCAGCUGCGUAAGGCCUCCUAUACGCACUCGACCCCACGGCCUCCUCCCCAAUUCCGCCCUCAGGCAGCACCAGCGGCGCCCAUGCCUGCUCCAACCCGACCGGCUGCCAACGAACUGGUCCCGAUGGAAAUUGAUCGCACCCAUGCCCGCAGCCGCAAUAUCAUCUGCUACAACUGUCAGCAGCCUGGGCACAUCGCGCGGAAUUGUCCGGAGCCCAAGAAGAAGCGCACGUUCUUCAAUCGGGCCACAAUGCUGGAAGAGAUCGAGAACGGGGAUAAGGACAACGAGUUCCUCAAGGAGAUUGCCGAGAAGCUGCGCGAGAAGGGUUUUUGA